UCGCCCAGGAGUUGCCCGCAAGUAACAAAACCCUCCUCUCUGUUGAAACCCUAGCGAGUGUACUCCCGUCAACUCGACAAUGCGCCGCCCCAAGCCCAAGUGCUCCGGCGCCCGCAAGCAGCGCCGGCUCUCGGAGGCGCAGGAGAUCCAGCUCCUCGACUCAUGGAUCGAGGCCGGGAUCCCUGACCCGGGAACUAACCCCCUCGCCAUCUCCCCGCCGCCGCCCGACGCCCCCAUCGGCCGCACCAAGGACGGCAGUUUUUCUCCCUAUGCCGGAGUCCGGUUCUUCCGGCAACUUCCUAUCUCACAGAGAACCAAGGACGGCCUUGCGCCCAAGUACGUCGAGAUGAGCGACAUCCAGCGCGCCUCCCUGCCCCACUCUCUCUGCGGCCGUGACAUCCUUGGCGCUGCCAAGACCGGCUCCGGAAAAACCCUUGCUUUCGUCAUCCCCGUCAUAGAAAAGUUGUACAGAGCAAGAUGGGGUCCUGAAGAUGGUGUUGGUAGCAUUAUAAUCUCCCCUACGAAGGAAUUGGCAGGACAACUUUUUGAGGAAUUGAAAACAGUAGGUAAACACCACAGUCUGAGUGCAGGCCUUCUGAUUGGAGGACGUAAAGAUGUUGACGCAGAGAAGGAACGUGUCAGUAGUCUGAACAUUUUGGUGUGCACACCAGGUCGACUCCUCCAGCACAUGGAUGAGACUGCAAACUUUGAAUGUUCACAGCUCCAGAUUCUGGUGCUUGAUGAAGCUGAUCGGAUUCUUGAUGCUGGUUUUAAGACGGAAUUGGAUGCAAUUAUAUCUCAGCUUCCCAAGCGAAGACAAACCUUGCUUUUCUCUGCAACCCAAACAAAGUCAGUUAAAGACCUGGCUAGGCUCAGCUUGAAGGACCCAGAGUAUAUAAGUGUGCAUGCUGAAUCAGUAACAGCCACUCCUGAGCAACUGACUCAACUUGCCAUCAUUGUUCCCCUUGACCAGAAGUUGAAUUUGUUAUGGAGCUUCAUCAAAGCAAAUCUUAAGUCAAAAAUUCUUGUCUUUCUUUCUAGUUGCAAGCAGGUUAAAUAUGUAUAUGAGGUAUUCAAGAAGCUUAGACCAGGAAUUCCUUUGAAAUGUUUGCAUGGUCGCAUGAAGCAAAAUGUAAGAAUGGCUACAUACCUUCAAUUCUGUGAGGAAACUUCAGUUCUCUUUUCCACAGAUGUGGCAUCUCGGGGUCUUGAUUUUUCAGCAGUGGAUUGGGUGGUCCAGGUUGAUUGCCCAGAAGAUAUUCCAGCUUACAUUCAUCGAGUUGGCCGCACUGCCCGUUUCAGAAAUGCAGGGAAGUCAUUACUGUUUCUUAUGCCUUCUGAGAAAGAGAUGUUCACAAAAUUACGAGCUGUUGAACCAAAAAUUCCAAUCAAGUUGAAGAAGGCAAAAGAACCAGUAUCAGUUUCUGCGUUGUUGUCGUCUCUGCUGGUUAAAUUUCCUUCUAUGCAACAGUUAGCGCAAAGGGCAUUUGUCACAUAUCUUAAGUCCAUAUUUCUGCAGAAAGACAAAGAUGUAUUUGAUGUAUCCAAACUUCCCAUAGAAGAUUUUGCAGUAUCUUUGGGUCUCUCAGUGACCCCGAAGUUGCGAUUCUUAAAGCGAAAAUCGAAUGUGCACAUGUCAUCUACCAAAACUACUGAGGAAGUCGAAGCAUCUGAUGACAAAUCUAAAGUUCAUAAUAUUAAUUCACAAGCAACUGUUAGGUCGGAUGAUGUAGAAGAUGAUGUUCUUUUACCCAAGGAAUCGCCCUCUUUUGAACCCGAAGGCGAUAAAGCAGAAUUAUCUACCAGGAUUUUGAAGAAGAAGAAGCUGAAGAUCAAUAUGCAUAGACCUCUUGGAACAAGGGUAAAAUAUGAUGAUGAUGGGAAUGUAAUCCCUCCACUAGCUGCCUUGGCUGAUAAAGAGACUGGUGAUGGUUCUAUUCACCUUGGUACAGUUAAAGAACGAUAUGAGAAACUAAGGGAAGCGAUGAAGGUGCGGGACAAAGAGGACAAGCUUCUGCACCGUCAGCGCUUGCGUGACAAACGAACAAAGGAGAAACUAAAGUUGAAGAAGCGGAAGGAAGAAGCGGAAGAGGGGGACACAGGGGAUGACCAUUCAGACUCGGAUGAAAAUGAACAGAGAAACCCCAAAAGAACGAAGAUAUAUUUUGAUGACGAUGACAAUGAUGAAGUUGAUGAUGCUAAGGCAGCUAAAAAGAGUGACUCAGUCACUUUAGCCGAGCAAGAAGCCCUGGCCCUUGAUCUAUUGAGAUCUAUGCAUUCGUGAACGAGUCAAUUUGUGAUUUUUUGCUGUCCUAUAACAACAGCGCUGAUGUUGUCUGGGUUCAGGUUUUAGGAAAUUUUGUUUGGGUAGAAUUUUUGGCAUCUUUAUAUUUUUCAAACACAGUCCAACAUGCAUUAAUUUUGAUCCAAAAACAUUGCUCCCGAAUGAUCUACCAGGAGCGUUGAAAGCGACAUCAUAUAUGUAACAGAAACACAAAAUUACUCUGAAUACAGUAUCUUGUAUGUUUAUAUUCACUUCAUAA